AAGGUUAUGAUUGGUCUGAAGGCUUGCGAUUCGUAUGACGUGUGGUUCGCGAAAUUUUCAGCUGUACAUUCGUUUGCGAGAAAUUUCACGGCAUAAAACUUAUUGGGUAUACUAUUCCGCGCAAAAGCUUUAUUGUUGAGCUACUUAAUAUCAUUGUAUGUGGAUCUUCACCAAUCAUUUAAACUUAUUGGUAAUGUGCUACCCAACGUCACACCAUUUUAAGUUCACAGAGAAGAAACUUCAAGUUUUGUGCCGAAGACUUUGAAUACAAAAAGUCAAGGACAAAAUGCAAUUGUUUGGUAAUUAAAUAGUUUUGAUAGUAAUAUUGACGAGUCGAUUGUCGAAUAAUAUCGUAGCUGUACGUAUCUGAGUUGAUGGUUUGAAAAAAAUAGAAACUGUGCUGUGUAAAUCGAGCUAACAUUCUGAAGCUCAAAGUGGAAGAAUCCUGAAGAUUUCUUGUCGAGAUAGCUAUAUUUAUCGUUCUUCUUAAUCUUCCAGUCAAUGUCAGUCGCAGUAUUAGGUGCGUUGGAAUCCCGAACGGACAUCACAGACGAUGACUUACAAAGUGGUCAGGUUGUUGUGACUCAAGUGACUAUACGAAGGCAGGAUGUGCAGGAGGGAGAAGAUGUUCAAGAAGGAACUAAUUUUAACGAAGACCCGCAGCCUGGGUUGCAACUGAACCGAGACGGAUCUGCAAACCAAGACACAACGGAUGAGACAGAGAAUGGUGAGAUAAAUCUUCUUCAUGACGUGAAUAAUGAACCUAAAAAUGUCGAGGGUGAUCUUCAAACAAACGAUAAGCAUGGCUACCGAACACCGAAGACGAAGAACAAGAGUGUAUUGCACAAGACAGAGGAGGGGGGUGUGCAGAACUUACCUGAUGACGACCGCAAAAGAAGGAGACCUAACCAGCCAACACCGUCUAUCGACAGCACCAGCAGUAGUGAAAGGAAUAGGGGUGAAAACGAUCAAACGGAAGAUAAAAAGUUUGAUGGUGAACCCGAAAGAAGAAAGUCAAGAGAAAAUAAUGAGACUAGGAUUGAGAAAUCUGAGACUCCAAAGUCAGAAGCAAGUUUGAGCCCAAGCCUGGCAUCUCUUCAAGAGAUCAACAUUGUUGAUAAAGAACUAAGUGUGAAUUACCAUAAUACGACUGAGAUCGUUGCUGACAAUGCAAUUAUUGAAACGCCUCGCUUAAAAGUCGGAAACUUUUGGGGGGAGAGCCUUGCAGCGUCAACAAGUUUCUUGCCAUUGUUCCUUCCUGACUCAACCAACACACCAACGUCAGAGCACGCAGAGGACCAUCAUUUGCCCGAGGAUGAGAGUACGUCUGAGAAAAGUAACGAUUUUGGUUCCCCAGAUAAUGAAAAAAGCGCAAAAGUUCAUCUUGACAAAAGCGGACAGUUUCCAGAUGAGUUCUUCAAUGCCUCAGAUAAAAGUGCAACAGAGACGAAGGCUGUUGGAACGUUACAAAACGAUGGAAGUGAAGUUCCCUCAAUAAUUCCACAGAAUUUGACUUUGCGUUCCUCGACUCGUUUGUCCACAUUUCAUAUCCCGACAGAAAAGGUUCCUAAACCUGGCCCGUUAAAUGCUCUAGUAUCCAACGAACUUCAUAGGAAACUUCCUGCUCAAAAUGCAAGUUUUUCGGUGAUGCCGACGCUGCAUGAGCCCCCCACUGUGGUUAGGAUGAACAUCCUCAAAGAAGUCCCUGGUGUCCUCAACAAGAACUUGUACACCGUCGAAGUUGGACGCACGCGCGCUAAAGCUAACAGAAACAGAAUGGUCCAACAGAGGUCCUCUCUGCCUAUAUUCCCUUUUGAUGAAGCAGACGUGCGUUUUGAUGCAGGCGCAAGAGCGGUCAACGCUCCGACAAAGUCACAACAAUACGGCCAGCUGAGUCCCGCACUCUUGACGUUCUCUGCUCCGGAGAAUCAAGUCCCAAGUACAGAGAAAGAGUCUGAAUCUCUAGCAGCUCUCUCGCCUUACCGCGUUCCUCAUUCUCACCAUCUUUCCCCGGGCCAGCCUCCAUCGAACCCACUUCUUCUUAGUCAUCCUUGCCAUCAACACCCGGCCUUACUGAAUGGGAAUAUUCCGUCCAGGCCACCGGAACAUCCACCCUCUGGUCAAGAAUACGCAUCGACCUCGGAUCCUCGGAUUAAUACACAACUUUUUCAAAAUUCUUAUACUCCGUCCGAUUUAAAUUCACUCCCAUUUUCGUAUCCGCCUCCUACACAUUCCCCUGCGUAUUCCCAACCGCCACCUACUCAAAACCCGCCACAUUCAUACGCCUCCGCUUCACAUCCACAUACAAAAGCUGAUAAAUAUCCGUUACCACCGAUUGGUCAGUCACAUUUAAGUAACUACGAACGUAUAAAAUAUCAUAAUGCACUGAAGAAAGAUUUAGAGCAUCAGUCCGGAAAACCGCUGUUAACAAAGCCGAAGAAUAAUACUGUCGGAAAGCCGUUGAACUCUAAUUCUGUAGUUAGGAGAAACUCCACCGUAAGGAACAACAUUAAAAACAGAGUUGUUUUCCACUCAGAUAUUGCGUCAGGAUUAAGUUUCAGUGACUCAAAUCUAUAUACGAAAAGGCCUGGUAUCCUCAAAUUAGGAUCCCCAUCAAGAAACUCGGAAGUUCAUGCAGCCAAAAGUAUUCCUAUUGACCAUGUAAGUAGUUAUGCUACCAGUCCGCAGAGCACAAAUUUCAAGAUUACACAGAAAACGAUCAGCCCUUUAGAAAACUUUUCUGCUGAACAGCCGCGGUCAAUUAAUCAGCUGUUCCCAGGCAGGGAAGCUAUCAACCAUUAUCCUGCAGAUCCCACACAACAUCCUACAUCGUUGAAACAUCAAUCAUCAUACCAACUCUCUGGCUCCAACAUCACCUCUGGCAUCCAUCAGCAGCACCAAGACCUGCUUAUACCUGCCCUACCUCGUCAGGAGCAGCACCCCCUACAACAACCAUCAACGAUGACGUCAUACGUGUCCCAAAACUACGGGGGCUAUGACGCCCAGGACUACGGGGCAGCAGCCUACGCGGCCUACGGCCCCGGCUACUCCCAGACCACGAAUGCUGGUCGGCGCCGCAGUCUGGGCUACGCUCAGGACCCCCGCGCCGGUUACCCGCAGCGCCGCUCCUCCAGCUUGGACUACGAGCCGGCCGCCGGGGGUCGCUACCAGAUGGUGGACGACCCGUUUGAAGACGGGCGCGACGCCCGUCAGCGGCUGAUGCAGGACCUGGACUACCAGAUCGCCGAGAAGAAGCGCCUCGAGGAGCUGCGUCGGGAGCGCGAGCGCCACGAGGACCGCCUGCUGGAGGAGAACAUUGCGCGCCAGCAGAAGCAGAUGGAGGACGAGUACCAGCGCGAACAGAUGGUCAAGAGGAUGAAGGAGGAGCAGCGGCGGAAGAGGAAUGAGAGUCAUCAGGCUUACUUGGCGACUUUGGAGCAGAAGAACAAAAUCCAAACCUUGCGCCCUCCAGAAAAGAGCUUCGGUUCCAGUGACCUCAACGCCCGUAAAAUAGAGGUUCAAGUUGACCCAAACUCGCAGUACGGCGCUUAUGAACGAACUCCCGUCAAGGGGAAAGGAAAAUACGACUUGGGAUCAGCUGACAAAAUCGGCCCUAAGUCGAAACCAACAAUUUCUAAGUCUCCUAUACCAUUGAGUCCUGCGAAGACACUAAGCCCCUCUACUAAGGAAUCCGCGAAAACCCCGAUUUCGACCUCGACCUUAGCUUCUUCCACUAACUCCACUUCCACAAAACCUGUCGGCAAGAGUAAGCCUAGCCCUUCCCCAACCCCAUCAGAAAUGAAGAACGCUGCCCCCACGAAGUCUAUCCUGAAGAAAAUCAGCCCCACAGAGACCCCCGCGAAACAGUCAGCAGACCGGGUGGACCUCAAAGGUAAUAGCAAUAAGUACGAGAGAACCGCGAAGCCGGCGCCGCUCAGCAAGCUGGAUGAGCCCAAACGACGCAAAAUUCCUUCUGAUGACGAUAGGUUCGACUUCGGCCUGAACCUUAAGCAAGCCUCACUGAACACACUGCAGGCGCAGAGCGACGGCAACCCUUUCUUUGACAGCACGCUGGGACGACGGCGCAAAACGCCCGAGCCUCGCUCGCUCAAAAAGCAUGACAGAGCAUCACCACAACCACCAGCACCUCAAACACCAAAACAAACGGCGUCAACAACUUCACCACCUUCUUCUCUACCAAACAACCUACAUCCCAGUCAACCCCCUCCGCACCACGGCACAUCCUCCUCCCCUCGCAUCAUGAUGGACACUGAGGCCCAGACGACUUUCGUGACGACGGCGCACAACUUCGCGCAGGUGCGGGCCGAGGCCCGGAGUAUGGCCGCCCAGACGCAGUCCUUCAACGUCGAAAACGGCGUCCAGACGUACGACGGCGAUUUCGAGCCAGAAGAGCCGCCCAAGCCCAAACCCAAGCCCGUCCCCUUCGACUGGAAGAUAAAACUGGACGACACGAUGCCGCCCCACCGCCCCCACCCUCCCCGAGGGGACGCCAGGAGUUUCCAGGAGGAGCACAAGGAUCUCACGAGUCAGCUGCAGGCCAUGAAGCGGGGACUCAAGGGCGAAGACGACGCGUCUGGCAGCCGCCGCCACCGCGCGCGGUCCGCGUCGAGCGACGGCCCACGCGGGCCCGAGGACCCACGGGCUGCGGGGACCAAGACGCUGGCCUCUUCUUCCGACGGCCGGGACGACCCAUACGGGGACGCCAGGCGGGACCGUGACGGUGUCGGGGACACGGUGCCAGAGGGUGGCCCUGGGAGACGUAGCCUCACACCUCACAGGGACUCGAUAAUCGAUCUCGAAGGCACGGACAGGACGGUGCUGGGGGCGUACCUCAGCAGGACGGGCAGCGACUCCUACAGGGAUGCGGAUCGUACCCUCCACAAGCACUAUGACGAGAAUAACGACGUGGUCCUGGCUGCUCCUCCGCCCCAGAUUGCCUCACUUCCCCGCACCCUCCGCUCGGCGCUGGGUCAGUUCAAGCUACUGCAGCUGCCUAAUGCCUUGUAA